AAGCGAAAAAUUGCGUACAAUCGUGAUGGACGACGGAUUAUUGACGGAGAAAUUGAGAAUGAGCAGAAUGCUACAGAUUUGUGGUCCACAGCAGUGACGCGUCUAGUGGCUCAGGAUUUGAAGGGUCACACCGACAAGGAUUACACGCUACAGAAACUUGGCUUCGUGCAGUAUGCGUAUUACUUGCUGACGAAGCUCAUUCAACAGUGCAACAGGCCGGCCACUUAUGGAUUGAUAGCACUGAACGUACUAUUAAUAUCAUUGUUCCUCUAUUUUUUCUUUUUUUGA